AUGGACUUGCAACAACAAGGAAAUACAGAAGCAAAAGAGACCAAAUAUUUUUAUGACGAGUGUGUAUAUUUCCAAUCCCCUGAACCUAGCAGUAUAUGUACUGGCUCUGAAAUUCAUCCUUCUUCCCAUCCAACGGAUGAAACUCUUUUGAAUGCAACUGUAAUUUAUGUCCGGGAUGAUAUCGAUCAAGCCAAACCUGAAGAAACUUCAGCUGUUUUGUCUAUAAACCAACCAAAAAGAUCUCAAGGAAUUCUUUUUUUUUCCAGUAAUCCUGAUCAAAUAAUGGAACAAGGAGGAAAUACGGAAACACAAGGGACCAAGACAAGAGAAUUUUAUUCCCCUGAAUCUAGCACUAUGUGUACUGGGUCUGAAAUUCAUCGUUCCUCUCAUCCAGUGAAUAAAACUCUUUUGAAUCAAACUGUAAUUUAUGUUCGGGAUGAAAACGAUCGAGAGGAAGCUUCAGCAGAUUUUUCUAUCAACCAACAAACAAAUUCUACUGAAAUUUCUACAUUUUGCAGCAAUCUUAAUCCAAUAUCGGAACGAAGGGAAUGUACCAGAAACAAAUAUAAAAGUUAUGCUGUAAAACCUCAGUCCCUACCAUUUAGACAAGACUGCUUAAAGGAGGGUAGUAUAUCCGGAAAAGCGUCAUUUUGUAAUCUCUAUAGCAACGGCAGAGGUUCCACUGCAGUCAAUACAGGAAAGCCAAUUAUUUAUUUGACAUUUUCUGAUAAAAGUAAGAGACACACACGUGAAAUUAUGAAAUUGUGUGAGGAAUUGGGGGAUUCUCUUGAUUUUUCUGUGAAAUGUGAUAGUUUUUAUGCGCUCCGAAAAACAGGAGAACUGAAUCUUCAUGGUUGGAGAGACAUAAACUACGAAAAAGCUAAAUGGAUACUCUUCUGUAUUUCGCCAGAUUACAGGAAUGCGUUAAAAGCAGGAGAGUGCAGCAGUACAGUGACUAAAAUAAACGAACGAGAGCAAGGCAUCAUCAAUGUUCAUAAUAUUGCUAGGGUUGUAAACAUGUUCUAG